AAUGCGUGCUUCAGAAGUACGCGAGGAUUGUGGCGCAUUGGACGGCUCAGCUGUAGUGCUGAAUGAACGGAAGAGGAGGGAGAUCAUACAUUAACUCCCGCUCGCUGCGGGGACUCUCCAGUUGAUAGAAGACAGGAAUGGGAUGCAGAACAACGCGUCAAAUGAAACCCAAACGAAAACCCACUUAAUUGUGUGGGCUACCCGACCCGGUGUUUUCCAGGGGAUUUUACGCACCGCAAAAGAGUGAAGAAAACGCUGCAGAAAUGCGUGGUGCGUGGUUUCACAUGCUCCUGAAGGAUCCGCUCUCCUGAUAAAGGGACCAAAGAGGACAAAACAAGGCUGUCCAUGAUAUUUUCCCAAAGAUUGGAAAGGUGGAGCGAUUAGAGGAGGGCUGAUGACGGGACUAUUAAUCCUUUCAGUGCAUCAAAAGCACCAAAGGGAAUUAGAAACGCUUGGAUGGAAAUUGGGAGAGUGUUUAGAACUGUUUCUGGUUUUAUAUGAAACUGGUGAUUAGUUCAUCUGCAAGGAUUUUUUUUCGCCCACUGAAGAUUUUAUUAAGGAGUAAAUUCCCUUGUUUGUUUGUUUUUGUUUUUCCACCGAAAGGUUGUAUGGUAUGAGCCGGAGUACAUUUUCAGAAACUCUCAUCUCAAUCUUUUUUUUCUCUUCAAGUAUUCCUAAAUCUAAAUGGAAUUAGUUGAAUCUGAAGACGUUUGUGAAAGGAACAGACAUGGUACAUGGGCACAUCUUCCAUCACGUUGUUGCAAGUCUUCUCAUACUUGGGUUGUCUGGGGCAACAAGGAAGGAUACAGCAGUGAAGAACAACUCUGGAGUGAAGCCUGCGGGUCAAUGUGGAACUUGGGUAAAAGAACCAGAAGGAGGGCUCUUCACUUCUCCCAAUUACCCAAACAAAUACCCCCCAGACACAGAGUGUGUUUACAUCCUUGAAGCUCCUCCACGGCAGUGUAUUGAUCUACACUUUGAGGAGAAUUAUUCAAUCGAGUCCUCUUGGGAAUGUAAAUUUGACAACAUUGAGGUUCGGGAUGGACCGUUUGGCUUCUCCCCGAUACUCGGACGGUACUGCGGUCAGCACAGCCCGCCUGAUAUCAGGAGUAGCGGCCGAUAUCUGUGGAUAAAAUUUGUUACAGAUGGUGAAUUGGAAGCGGUGGGAUUUUCAGCAAGAUACAACUUCACUGCAGAUCCGGACUUUGCAGACAUGGGAGUCCCCCCACCUCUACCCUCCUGUCAGUAUGACAUGGUUGGUCCAGAAGGUAUCGUUGAGUCCCAUCAGAUCACCAGAGACGGGAAGGCUGGCGCCGCAGAGGCCGUCGACUGUAAAUGGUACAUCCGUGCUCCGCCGCGCUCCAAGAUCUACCUGCGUUUUCUUGACUAUGAGAUGGCCAAUUCCAACGAAUGCAAGCGCAACUUUGUGGCGGUGUAUGAUGGUGGCAGUUCAGUGGAAGACUUGAAGAGCAAGUUCUGCUCCACGGUGGCCAACGACAUCAUGCUGGUUUCCACGCUGGGUGUCAUUCGCAUGUGGGCAGACGAAGCCAGCCGCAAAAGCCGCUUCCGCAUCCUUUUCACGACCUACCACGAGCCUCCAUGUGAUGCAGAUGCCUUCUUCUGUCACAGUAACAUGUGCAUAAACAACACGCUGGUGUGUAAUGGCAUGCAGAACUGUGUCUACCCCUGGGAUGAGAACCAAUGCAAAGAGAAGAGGAAAGCCAACAUCUUGGACAACCUGAACAACACAAACGGGACCAUAAUUGGUGUAACCUGUUGCAUCGUCCUCAUCCUCCUCAUUGUCUCUGUCAUCGUCCAGAUCAAGCAGCCACGUAAAAAGUACAUCCUGCGGCGUGAGGACUUUGACCCCACCAUGUUCCAAGAGGUCUUUGAGCCGCCUCACUAUGAGCUGUGUACUUUACGAAGCGCCACCACAGCCGCAGCAACCUCAGCAGACUUAGUCGAUCUGGCAGAAGACUUUGAGAACUACCACGCUCUUCGCCGUGCCUCCUCGCGCUGCGUCCACGAUCACCACUGUGGCUCCUCGUCCAACCCCGGCUCCGCCCACAUAUCCCAGCUGUCACUUAGUGGAAGAGGAAGCCGCGGGAACUUGAGCGCUCGAGACACAGCAGCCGCCACUCUGCUCACAGACCUUCCACAGCCGCCCAUGGCAGUGCGGCCCUUGCUGCCGUCCACUGGAAACCGCAGGAGCAUCUUGGUCAUGAAGCACAGCUACUCGCAAGAGACAGCGGACAAUGGAUGCGACCUGGAUGAUGACCUGGAAGAAGUUCCCACCACCAGCCACCGGCUUUCACGCCACGAAAAGGCAGUACAGCGGUUCUGCCUCAUUGGCUCUUUGAGCAAACAUGAAUCAGAGUACAACACAACUAGGGUCUAAGAGACAAUCUCAAGACUUCUUGAGAAUAGUGCGAUCCUGGAUCAGUACGAACGGGCUUCACUGACAUAUGAAAAAGCGGAGCGGAGAUUUACACCAGCAUGAUGCUGAUGAUGAUGAAGUGACACUUUGACGAAAGGAUAUUGAAAAUGUAUUCAGAUGAACACAAAGGACUAGAUGAAAUGCUGCAAGUGUGUCAGCUCUGUACGCACUGUAGUCAAUCCAGAUUUUUUUGUCUCGCUGGAAAGAAAUGGACCUCAAAUGACCACAAUUACUGAUUAUUCAUUAUUAAACUUUAAAUUUGGGGUGUUAGUCAGAAACAUAUCUGUCAUUGUCAUGGAUCCCUCGCUGAUAACUAAAUUAAUGUGAUCAAACAUCUUCAAGUUCAUUUUUAAGCAUGUAUCUUUCAAAUGAGUGGCAUACAUAUUAUGAUUUUAUAGAAAUGAUGCUUGCAGUUGUUCAAAUCUAGAUUUAUUUUAUUAGUGAAAAUUGGA